CCGGGAUAUUUAAGGUUAGGAAAAUAUAAACAUCGUUUAAAAAGCUACCACACUCUUUUUCGUCUCAUUUAAACACAAAAAAUGCCAAAUUGGAACCAAAUUCAGGCCCAACUUCGGCACCCGGCUAAUCCCGUAGUGUUUUUCGAUGUUUCUGUAGGGACAACAGAGAUAGGUCGUAUGAUUUUCGAGCUAUUCGCCGAUAUAGUCCCUAAUACGAGUGAAAAUUUCCGUCAAUUUUGCACAGGGGAGUUUAGACGAGAUGGAGUUCCGUUGGGGUUUAAAGGAGCCAGUUUUCACAGAGUUAUUAAAGAUUUUAUGAUUCAAGGAGGAGAUUUCGUUAAUGGUGAUGGCACAGGAGUUAUGAGCAUAUACGGGGGUGCCACAUUCAAUGAUGAAAACUUUUCCUUAAAACACGACUCACCAGGGCUUCUUUCAAUGGCAAACAGCGGUAAAGACACGAACGGUUGUCAAUUUUUUAUAACCUGCGCAAAAUGUAAUUUUUUGGACAGCAAACAUGUGGUUUUUGGCAGAGUGAUAGAUGGACUUCUGGUAAUGAGAAAAAUAGAAAAUGUACCCACAGGACCCAAUAAUAAGCCCAAAAUACCUGUUACUAUUAUUCAGUGUGGUCAAAUGUAGAUUAGUUGUGAUUUUUUGUAAUAAAUUUUAUUAAAAAC